CCUCCUUGGGUUUCUGCGCGCAUUAAGCGAGGCAGGGCAAGGAAACCGCUGGGCAGCGCCUCGCUAGUGGGGUGGGAGCUCGCGUGGCCCCUCCGCAACGCGAGUCCGCGCGGGGACUCCUGGGAUUUGUAGUCCGUGCCCGAGUUGCAGUCUCGCAGGCCCAGCAAAGACACCCUCGGGCUCGGCUGGGAAGGUGGCGGGGGCCUGCGGGACGCAAGGCGCUGGGCCCGGGGCCCGCCCCGGGCGGGGAUGGGGCCGAGCGAAGGCAGCCGAACUGGCCCUGCCGCUGCUGCUGGGGCAGCUGCUGGCGCUCACAGGCGGCGGAGACGCGUUCUACCUCGAGGUCAGCGAGCUGGAGGAGAAGUGCUUCAUCCAGGAGAUCCCCGAUGGCACAGUGGUCAUAGGUAACUACAAGACCGAGCUAUACGACCCUGCUAUGGAAAAGUACCAGCCCUCCCCGCAGUGGAUCAAUUUGUUCGUGUUUGUGAAGGACCCCGAGAACAAGAAUCUGCUGGCUCGUCAGUAUGGCCCUCGGGGCAGCUUUACCUUCACUUCUCAGUCUCCCGGAGAGCACCAGAUAUGCCUUCACCUCGAGUCCAUCCGGUUCGCCCUCUUCUAUGAUGGCAAGCUGGCCAUUCACUUGGACAUGCAGUUGGGUGAACACACCAAUGAUUAUACGGAAUUUGCAGCCAAUGACAAGCUGACCCUGCUGCAUCUGCGCAUACAGCAGCUGGUGGAGCAAGUGGAGAAGAUCCAGAAGGAGCAGGAGUACCAGAGGUGGCGAGAGGAGCGCUUCCGGCAGACCAGUGAGAGCACCAACCAACGGGUGCUGUGGUGGUUCAUUCUGCAGACCUUCAUCCUUGUGGCCACUGGCAUCUGGCAGAUGCAGCACCUCAAGAGCUUCUUUAAAGCCAAGAAGUUGGUGUAGAUGAGCCCCAGAGACCAGAGGCUUAGCCCCCACUCAUUCCCCUUCUGCUGAAUAAUGGGAAGUGGCCUGGCCUGGUCUGUCUCCUGGCUUCUCCCACCCCUCCCAACCCUGAGGGACUUCCUUGUUACUGGUGUGUGUGGGGUGGGGGACAGAGGACCUCUUUAAACUGGUUUCUGAGCCAGGACUUGGGAGAGGAUGGGUUUCAAGCUGGAGGCAUAUGGGUGGGAGGAGCUGUAGGCUCCUUUGCUGCUCUGUGAGACUGAGCAGGAGCGGGGUGAGUGUUACCCCAACCCCCACAUUAAACAGGAUGGGUGAACUAAGAGUGAAUAUAAAUUAUAACUGUCAAAUUUUCUGACCUAAAUA